CCUGUCCUGGGCGCAACAUAACUAAAGAAGCUGCUGCAGGAUGAAAAGAUGGCAGCACGGCUUAUUGCACCACCCGGCCCUGAUAGUUUUAAAUGUUUCACCCCAGAGUCUCUGGCUAACAUUGAGAAACGCAUUGCAGAAGAGAAGAAGAGGAAGCGUCCAAAGCAGGACAGCAGCCACCGGGAUGACGACGAAGACAGCAAACCAAAACCAAACAGUGACCUCGAGGCAGGGAAGAGUUUGCCUUUCAUCUAUGGAGAUAUCCCAAAAGGCCUGGUUGCUGUACCACUGGAGGACUUUGACCCUUAUUAUAUGACCCAGAAAACCUUUGUAGUACUAAACAGAGGGAAAACACUCUUCCGAUUUAGUGCCACACCUGCCUUGUACAUUUUAAGUCCUUUUAAUCUGCUUAGGAGAAUAGCUAUUAAAAUUUUGAUACAUUCAGUAUUUAGCAUGAUCAUUAUGUGCACUAUUUUGACCAACUGUGUAUUCAUGACUUUUAGUAACCCACCUGAAUGGUCGAAGAAUGUGGAGUACACGUUCACUGGUAUUUAUACAUUUGAAUCACUUGUGAAAAUUAUUGCAAGAGGUUUCUGCAUAGAUGGUUUUACUUUCCUGCGUGAUCCAUGGAACUGGUUAGAUUUCAGUGUCAUCAUGAUGGCAUAUGUCACAGAGUUUGUGGACCUUGGGAAUGUCUCAGCAUUGAGAACUUUCAGAGUUCUCCGAGCUUUGAAAACUAUCUCUGUUAUUCCAGGCUUGAAGACCAUUGUGGGUGCCCUAAUUCAGUCUGUGAAGAAGCUAUCUGAUGUAAUGAUCUUGACAGUGUUUUGCCUAAGUGUCUUUGCUUUGAUUGGACUGCAGCUGUUUAUGGGCAAUUUGAGGAACAAGUGUGUGAUUUGGCCAAUUAACCUCAAUGAGACCGUCCUAGAAAAUGGUUCCAGGGGGUUUGACUGGGAGGAAUACACCAACAAUAAGUCAAAUUUUUACACAAUCCCUGGGGCCCUUGAUCCUUUACUCUGUGGAAACAGCUCGGAUGCAGGUCAAUGCCCGGAGGGUUACACGUGCAUGAAAGCAGGGCGGAAUCCAAACUAUGGCUACACAAGCUUUGACACUUUCAGCUGGGCUUUUCUGGCUUUAUUUCGCCUUAUGACUCAGGACUUUUGGGAAAACUUGUAUCAAUUAACAUUGCGAGCAGCGGGAAAAACCUACAUGAUCUUCUUUGUCCUGGUGAUCUUUGUGGGGUCGUUCUAUCUAGUCAAUCUGAUCUUGGCUGUGGUAGCCAUGGCUUAUGAAGAGCAGAACCAGGCCACGCUGGAGGAAGCAGAGCAGAAAGAGGCAGAAUUUAAGGCCAUGUUGGAACAGCUGAAAAAGCAGCAAGAGGAAGCACAGGCUGCAGCCAUGGUCACUUCAGCAGGGACAGUCUCCGAAGAUGCUGUGGAGGAUGAUGGUGGGGGCAGGGUGUCUCGAAGCUCCUCUGAGAUUUCCAAGCUCAGUUCUAAGAGCGCCAAGGAGCGGCGGAACCGGAGGAAGAAGCGAAAGGACAAAGAGCUGUCAGAAGGUGAUGAAAAGUGCGACAACGAGAAAGUGUUCAAGUCUGAAUCGGAGGAUGGUAUGAGGAGAAAAGCCUUCAGGCUGCCAGAUAACAGGCUGGGAAGGAAAUUUUCCAUCAUGAACCAGUCCCUCCUCAGCAUUCCUGGCUCCCCUUUCCUUUCCCGGCACAACAGCAAGAGCAGCAUCUUCAGCUACAAGGGGCGCUUCCGUGACCCAGGCUCAGAGAACGAGUUUGCUGAUGAUGAGCACAGCACGGUGGAGGAGAGCGAAGGCAGGAGAGACUCCCUUUUCAUCCCUAUCCGGGGUCGGGAUCGGAGAAGCAGCUACAGUGGCUACAGUGGCUACAGCCAGGGCAGCCGGUCCUCACGAAUCUUCCCAAACCUUCGUCGGAACGUGAAAAGGAACAGCACGGUUGAUUGCAACGGCGUGGUGUCUCUCAUCGGCGGCCCCACGUCCAAUGUGCCUGGGGGCCGCCUUCUGCCUGAGGUGAAAAUAGAUAAGGCAGCUACUGAUGACAGUGGAACUACUGAAGUGGCAAUCAAAAAGAAACCUACUGGGUCUCUCCUGGUCUCAAUGGAUCAGCUGAAUGCAUCCUUUGGAAGAAAGGAUCGAACCAACAGUAUAAUGACUGUUGUGACCAAUACCCUUGUAGAAGAGUUGGAAGAGUCCCAGAGGAAGUGCCCCCCUUGCUGGUACAAAUUUGCCAACACCUUCCUGAUCUGGGAAUGCCACCCACACUGGAUCAAGUUGAAGGAGAUAGUGAACUUGAUUGUCAUGGAUCCUUUUGUUGACCUGGCCAUCACCAUCUGUAUUGUGCUGAACACUUUGUUCAUGGCAAUGGAGCACCAUCCCAUGACCCCUCAGUUUGAACAUGUGCUGUCCGUAGGAAAUCUGGUUUUCACUGGAAUUUUCACAGCAGAGAUGUUCCUGAAGCUCAUAGCCAUGGAUCCCUACUAUUAUUUCCAAGAAGGUUGGAACAUUUUUGACGGAUUUAUUGUCUCCCUCAGUUUAAUGGAACUGGGUCUACAAGACGUGGAGGGGCUUUCAGUGCUGCGAUCUUUCCGAUUGCUAAGGGUCUUCAAGUUGGCAAAAUCCUGGCCCACUUUGAACAUGCUGAUAAAAAUUAUUGGAAACUCAGUGGGUGCCUUGGGGAACUUGACCUUGGUGCUAGCCAUCAUCGUGUUCAUCUUUGCUGUGGUGGGCAUGCAACUUUUUGGCAAGAGCUACAAGGAGUGUGUCUGUAAGAUCCACCCGGACUGUGUGCUGCCCCGCUGGCACAUGCACGAUUUCUUCCACUCCUUCCUAAUCGUCUUCCGUGUGCUGUGUGGGGAGUGGAUUGAGACCAUGUGGGAUUGUAUGGAAGUGGCAGGACAGGCCAUGUGCUUGAUUGUCUUCAUGAUGGUCAUGGUCAUCGGGAAUUUAGUGGUGCUCAACCUGUUCUUGGCUUUGCUGCUGAGCUCCUUCAGCGCAGACAACUUAGCUGCAACAGACGAUGAUGGGGAGAUGAACAAUCUGCAGAUUUCGGUCAUCCGCAUCAAGAAGGGCAUCGCCUGGACGAAGAUCAAAGUGCAUGAGUUCAUGCAGGCACACUUCAAGCAGCGGGAGGCAGAUGAGGUGAAGCCCUUGGAUGAGCUGUAUGACAAGAAGGUGAACUGCAUUGCUAACCACAUGGGGGCCGAUAUCAACAGGGACAUUGAUUAUCAGAAGAAUGGCAACGGCACCACCAGUGGGAUUGGGAGCAGCGUGGAGAAAUACAUCAUCGAUGAAGAUCACAUGUCCUUCAUCAACAAUCCCAAUCUCACUGUCAGGGUGCCCAUUGCCGUGGGCGAGUCGGAUUUUGAAAACCUCAACACUGAAGAUUUCAGCAGUGACACAGAUCCUGAUGGCAGCAAGGAGAAACUGGAUGACACCAGCUCCUCUGAAGGAAGCACCAUUGAUAUAAAGCCGGAGGUGGAAGAAGUCCCUGUGGAGGUACCCGAGGAAUAUCUGGACCCAGACCCGUGCUUCACGGAAGGUUGUUUCAAGCGCUUUACGUGUUGUCAAGUGAAUAUUGAAGAAGGGCUGGGCAAGUCCUGGUGGACCUUGAGGAAGACCUGCUUUCUGAUCGUGGAACACAACUGGUUCGAGACGUUCAUCAUCUUCAUGAUCCUGCUAAGCAGUGGAGCCCUGGCUUUUGAGGAUAUUUACAUAGAGCAAAGAAAAACCAUUCGGACGAUUCUGGAGUAUGCAGACAAGGUCUUCACCUACAUUUUUAUCCUGGAAAUGUUGCUGAAAUGGUGUGCCUAUGGAUUCGUCAAGUUUUUUACCAAUGCCUGGUGCUGGCUGGAUUUCCUCAUUGUGGCUGUCUCUUUAGUCAGCCUUAUAGCUAAUGCCCUGGGCUACUCGGAACUAGGUGCCAUAAAGUCCCUUAGGACACUAAGAGCUUUGAGGCCUUUAAGAGCGUUGUCCCGAUUUGAGGGCAUGAGGGUGGUUGUCAACGCCCUGGUUGGCGCUAUCCCUUCCAUUAUGAAUGUGUUGUUGGUCUGCCUUAUCUUCUGGCUGAUUUUCAGCAUUAUGGGGGUUAACCUGUUUGCCGGGAAAUACCACUACUGCUUUAACGAAAGCUCCGAGGAGCGCUUCGAUAUAGAGGUUGUGAACAACAAGACUGACUGUGAGGCGCUGAUGCCACCCAACUCCACUGAGAUCCGAUGGAAGAAUGUGAAAAUUAAUUUUGACAAUGUUGGGGCAGGAUACCUGGCACUUCUACAAGUUGCUACGUUCAAGGGUUGGAUGGACAUCAUGUAUGCUGCAGUAGAUUCCAGAAAGCCAGAAGAGCAACCAAAGUACGAAGACAACAUCUACAUGUACAUCUACUUUGUAAUCUUCAUCAUCUUCGGCUCCUUCUUCACCCUGAAUUUGUUCAUUGGUGUCAUCAUUGACAACUUCAAUCAACAAAAGAAAAAGUUUGGAGGUCAGGAUAUCUUCAUGACAGAAGAACAGAAGAAAUACUACAACGCUAUGAAAAAGCUGGGCUCCAAGAAACCUCAGAAACCCAUUCCCCGCCCUCUGAACCGCGUCCAAGGAGCUGUCUUCGACUUCGUCACACAACAAGCGUUUGACAUAGUCAUCAUGAUCCUCAUUUGUCUCAACAUGGUGACCAUGAUGGUGGAGACAGACACUCAGAGUAAGCAGAUGGAAGACAUCCUCUCUUGGAUCAACCUGGUGUUUGUUAUCUUCUUCACCUGUGAGUGUGUGCUGAAGAUGUUUGCCUUGCGGCACUAUUAUUUCACUGUCGGGUGGAAUAUUUUUGACUUCGUGGUCGUGAUUCUGUCCAUCGUGGGAAUGUUCCUGGCUGAAAUCAUUGAGAAGUACUUUGUAUCGCCCACCCUCUUCCGAGUCAUCCGCCUGGCCCGCAUUGGCCGCAUCCUGCGUCUGAUCAAAGGGGCCAAGGGGAUCCGCACCUUGCUUUUUGCCUUAAUGAUGUCCUUGCCUGCCUUGUUCAACAUCGGUCUCCUGCUGUUCCUGGUCAUGUUCAUCUUCUCCAUCUUCGGCAUGUCAAACUUUGCCUACGUCAAGCAUGAGGCCGGCAUAGACGACAUGUUCAACUUUGAGACCUUUGGCAACAGCAUGAUCUGCUUGUUCCAGAUAACCACUUCAGCUGGGUGGGAUGGCCUACUGCUGCCCAUUCUGAACCGGCCGCCAGACUGCGACCUGUAUAAGGAGCAUCCUGGGAGUGGCUUCAAGGGGGACUGUGGAAACCCUUCAGUGGGGAUAUUUUUCUUCGUCAGCUACAUCAUCAUCUCCUUCCUGAUUGUGGUGAACAUGUAUAUUGCAAUCAUCCUGGAGAAUUUCAGUGUAGCUACGGAGGAGAGCGCUGACCCACUGAGUGAGGAUGACUUUGAAACCUUCUACGAGAUCUGGGAGAAGUUUGACCCCGAUGCCACACAGUUCAUAGAGUACUGCAAGCUGGCAGACUUUGCAGAUGCUUUGGAGCACCCUCUCCGUGUCCCAAAACCCAACACCAUUGAACUCAUUGCCAUGGACUUGCCUAUGGUAAGCGGGGACAGGAUCCACUGCCUGGACAUCUUGUUUGCCUUCACCAAGCGUGUGCUGGGUGACAGCGGGGAGCUGGACAUCUUAAGGCAGCAGAUGGAGGAAAGGUUUGUGGCAUCCAACCCAUCCAAAGUGUCUUACGAGCCCAUCACAACCACGCUUCGGCGUAAACAGGAAGACGUCUCGGCAGUGGUUAUUCAGAGGGCUUACAGGGUUCGUCUAGCCCGACGGGGCUUUAUUAGCAGAAAGCCUGCCUCCACAAAGCUGGAAAACGGAGGAGCGAAUCGGGAGAAAAAAGAAGGCACCCCCUCUACAGCCUCCCUCCCGUCCUAUGACAGUGUCACUAAGCCUGAAAAGGAGAAGCAGCAGAGGGCAGAGGAAGGAAGACGAGAGCGAGCGAAAAGGCAAAGAGACGUCAGGGAAUCCAAGUGUUGAAAUGAACAAAAAUAAUACAAUUGUACAAAUAAAAAAAAAUUGCAAGUGAAAAGAUUGUUUACAAACUUCACAACAUAUAUCGAUACAGAACAGCCGUGGAGACACUUACCUGAAGAUCUUAUACCAAACAUAGUCUGCUUACUGUGUGACAACGUUGCAUCUAAAGCAGUGACCUACCACCUGUUUAAAGGACCCUUAUAAACAAACGUUUAAAAACAAAACGAGGAAAAAAUGGAUUUUCUAUUGUUUGGGCAGGUGGAUACUGCAUGUUCCACAUCAGUCAAUGCAACUUAGGACAAACAAGCAAAAUUAAUAAACAGAAAACAAAAACACACACACACAAAAAAAGAAAACCUGCUGCUAGGAGUCAUAUAUUUUCCAAAGCAGCCAAAAAUGGAUUUUAUUUUCUCAUUUUGUUGAUUAUCAAAGGAAAACCCAGAAGUCACAAUGUUAAAGGGUUUGUUCAUGCAAAACUAGAUUUGCAUUCCUGCAUUUAGUUAAGCAGCAAAAAAUGAAAAAAGCAAAACAAACAAACAAAAAGAAACAAAACGGCACCCAUUUAGCCCAUGCAUUCAGUUGUCAUAGUUUAUUUGGUAUUUAUUAUCUGCAUUCUACUUUCUACAUGGGCUUCACUUGGUUUGGGAGAUGGGGAAAUCAGGUAUCUUCAGCCUGGAGACUGCUCAGGCUGAUUCCAAAAAAAUUGUGCUCGUUCAAUGCAUAGAAAUGAUUUGCAUGAUGGCAUGCUGUGACCAGGAAUCAUGCAUGAAGAAUCAUUAAUCCACAAGACACUCAGUACUCUGUCCACAGCAGUGCGUUAAGCCAUAAGUUCAAGGCACUCCACUGACCACCACACACUGUAUUUGGAGAUUAACCUUAAAUAGAAUCAUGCCCUUCACUGGUACGUACCAAUUCUUAAUGAUCUCUUUCAUACACCCGCCGAUAGGGAAAAGUGAAAUACUGUAAGCAGAUGAAGCAAUUGUGUGUGUGUGUAUGUUUAACAACCUGUCUUUUCCAUACAGCCAUCUUCUGCACAUUUAAAAAAAAUUCAACACACAGAACAAAAAAACCUAAAUGCUGCUCUGGAUCCCAUCUGAGGGGAGAUGAUAGGAAAUUCAAGAAUGGCUUGUAUUACUAUGUCACUGUAAAACCAAAUCUAGGGCUUAAAAGUACCAACCAAUCAAUAAUUUCAUUUGUACCCUUCAAUAGUUAGCAUUCUUCUUCUUCUUCUUGGUUAUUAUUAUUCAGCCUCCCUACAGCAGCAUUGACACUGUUUUGCGUAGAAGUUAAUGUGCUAUGGGAAAUAGCACGUUGACUGAAGGUGCAAUUUUGGAACUUCUAUAAAGCAAUCGUACGAAGGGACGGGGAGCACGGCUCGCGCAGCUGAGCUGUGUUUCGUGAUGUCGGCGUUCUCGCGUCCUGCGGGCAGGUGGGCUGAGGUGCAGGCAGGUUGCUGAAACUCUCUUCUUUCGUUCUUCCAUCGAUUACUGCUUUUUGCAGCUUGCACUUUUGACGGUUUUUCUUGCUUCCGUGGCCACAAGGUUUUUAACACAAUGCAACACGUUACAGUUGACAGUCAACUUGCAACGUGACAUGGGGCGCAGUGCUGGGAGUCAGGUGUCAGACGUCCUGUGCCUUCGCCUUCUUCCAUUUCAUACGUUGUCGUACAGUAGUAACGUCAAGGUCCUGCGGGUUGGGUAGGGAUUAGAGCUACCUCGACUAGUCUGAACUCUGCAGGGGUAAGUCUGAGUGGGAAUGUCACAGGGAAAGCUCAAAACUUGGUGUUUCUUAAUGAUCCAAGACCCUCAAAUGUCCCCAAAUACCCUGUUUCAGUGUGUCCUCCUCGGUCAGUAAACCAGCUGUCAAGUAUCACCCGGGUGAUAUUUCUUCAGGGCAAGCACGUGGAAUAGAUCUUACCAAGGGGGUAAGGUAACGACGCACCAGAAAGGACCGUUUCAUCUGCAGCUUAAACGGGGAAGACAGUCGUCUCGGUUAUAGUGCCACUGGGCAGAGGGGGAGGGAGUGGUGAUGGUAGCGUGCAUUGAAUUGGUAGGGUAUAAUGAAGGAAGUAGGAUGUUUGAAUGUGGACCAAAUAAAGGGGAUCCAUGGAAGUGGAAAAGCUGAGACAAUAGAGCGGGUAAAUGACAGGAAGUUCAGUUUGUCUAAUCUCACAACCCAGAGAAGUGUCACAUAAAAAACCCCCAAGCCAUUGGAGAGACAUCUGUGUCAAGUUGGACUUUCUAAACGCAUAGUCUAGCCAUGCCGAUGUCAGUGGAGGAGCUCUACUGUACCUGAUAACAGCGAAGAACCAUUUCUCUCCUGUUAGAUCCUACUCCAGUUACUCCUAGGAUAUGAUGUAUAAUAAAGAUGAAAACUACAUACAUAUGUACAGGCUACAUUGUAAACAGCACAAAAAUAGCUGAAAAGUGUGGUUGAACUUUUUAAGAGAAUAUUAUAAAUACUGUAAUAUAUCACUUUAUUUUAUCAGCAUGCCUUUUUGUAAAUACAAAGAAUUACAAAAAUUAAAUAGAAUGGCUUCUGGCUUAUGCCAUUGUCCAUGUUUAUUUUUAUUUUUUUAAUAUUUUUCCUUUUUUCCUUAGAUUUUAGAUGUUGUCAGCCAGUGUACAUCCCACAAAAACAAAACGGACCCCACCCCCAAACAGACAAAGCUUUAUUGCAAAUUAUCUUUACAACGACAAAAAUAGAUCUAUUUUUGGUUUCCAAUGUGCAAUAAGUUCUGACCACUUCUAUGCAAGAUUUGGCUAAACUUCAUAAUUGUUCUGAAGCUGGGCUACCGGUCCGUAUGUGAAGCUCGGUGCAUCUAAUGCUCACGCUGGCACUUUCAUUAAGCCACUAGAAUAAUUGGAAGUUAACCUUCCCUACAAGCUAUAGAUAUUUUUAAAUAUUGGGUCUUUAAUACAAACAAAGGCCAGCGGUAUCACUCAACAAUCAGGCUUGCUGCAAAGAGAUGAAGGAAUGGUUUUCCCAACUGUUGACUGGCAGAGGACUCGGCUCUCCUGCUCAAGGGAAAGUUUCACAGUUUCUUUGUUUCUGUUUUUUGUCAUUUCCGUUCUGUGGCAGAUACAUCCCUCAGGCAGAGGUCACCGGUGCUGAGAAAAUGGGUCUGCAUUUUUGUUCUUCUUCACCGGGUGAAGUUGAGGAAAGGAAGGAAGGAAGCUUUGGUUCAAAAUAAGACUUGAGUUAAAUAUGCAGUCACGGAAUAGAAAUGCACGCACGACAGCCAUUAUUAUGUUUUGUAGCAAUGGCCUCAGUUCAGAGACGUGGGAUGAGGUGGAAAACAUGACGUCGGGUUCAGGGUUGUGAGAACAAAUUAAGUGUGCCGUUGCCAAGUUAAAGCGCAUUGCCAAAAGGUUUCGUCUGGAAUAAGUGCCUCCCCGCCCCCCCAACGUGCUAUAAAACCUUCUCUCCUUACUUUAUUACCUUGCUUCUAGAAGAGCAGAGAGGGGGAAGGGAUAAAAGCAUGUCAGGCCAAGCGGCUUUGCUCGCGUUUCCUGUUCACGGUUUUCUAUUAAAGACAGAUGCUGAUGUGAACAAACCUAAAUAAAUAAACCCAGGAACUGACACAGCAGAGGCAACACCCGAGUGGUUUUUGGUUUUUUGAAUGAUUCGGUUUUCACUCCGCAACAAAUGUUCAAGCUCUGAAAGGGCAGUGGUGAAGAUGAGCAGACUAGAGAUGGCACGGUGGCUCCUAACCAUUUUACCCAAACACGGGUAAGCUGUUCACUGCUAUGCACCAAAAGGAAAAAUAAACGUCGCCCUUAUUGCCGUACCAGGGGAGGUGGCCUUGGUGCUCCAGUUACUUGUCUGACUGGUGGUUUUCCUUUACCCCCCUCCCAAAUUCCUUCCGUGGUUUUGAUUCUUGGUUGUUUGUUCAAAGUACGGAUCAUAGAGACCAGUCAGACUUGGCCAGGGGAGGAUGCAGGGGAAGGGUUUGGCAGUGGUUUUGGUUUUGCUUUGAUGCGUUUAAGAGGCUUGUGGCGCUUUGCUGGUAUCUAGCAGACAGGUCUCUACAGCUCUGGAACCACUGCGCGUGGAGCGCCCCUGCAAAGGCCGCUGCUGCGAUUGCAGUGCUGCUCCCUGAGGGCGGUUUGGUGGCCUUUGUGAGGCCAAGUGGUAGGACUUGGGAAAGGUCUAGGGAGGCAGCGUAGAAACUGCCAUCAGCAUGGGUCCCACUGGUUGGCACGCUCGGCAGACCCCAACAGCGGAGAGCCAGGCAGUCUGGACUUCUCUCCCGCGUGGACGUGGGUAGGGGCCCGCGUGGCUGCCGACCCUGCCAUGUUGCCAUGCUGGGGCUUCAGGCUGCACCGCCUGCCACCCAACCCCUCUGUCUGCACUGGAGACUACCCUGUACAGUCCUGAGCCAGCUCUUCUGGUCCCCUGUCCUUGGGGUGCAACGUUCCCCCCCUGCUGCAGGACCCAGACUAAGGUGGCUUUCGCACAGGUGGCUCAAGAGGAGCAGCUAGCACUGCACUAGCUGUGCCGGGGACAAGGUGCCUUCUGUGGUCUUUUGCCAUCCCGUUCUUUUUCUGUCUUGGGCAUGGGUCGUGUGGGGCCCGUGCUGCUGUAACACAGACUUGGGCAGCUGGGACUGCAGCAGCUGCAGGGCUGGAACAGGCAUGCUUCCGGCUCUGCCAAGUACUGGAGAGCCUCUUUGCAUUGGAGCUGGGGCAGGGCCUGUGGGGCACAGCUGGCUCUUCUGGACCUUGGUAAAGGCAGUGGUAGGCACACACGUCUCGCCACCAGCCCAGGGCUCAGAGCAGCCUGUGACACUUCAUUUUGCUUUCCUGGAAGGGCUGGGUGGUGCAUCAAGGUCGCGCUAGCUGUCCCCAGCAGCCUGCGUCGAGUCCAAGCGUUUGCCAGGCCCAUGGCCGAGGGGUUCUCUUAAGGUUGUUUUUCCAAGUAGUGAUUUUGCCCAAACAGCAAAAAUGAGUACCCAGCAAAGCCGCCUUUCUUGCCGUUCGUUGGUCUCUGCUCAGAGCCCGGCGCACGGCAAGCACUGCCAGCCACGAGCACGAGAACAACGUGGUGGGAUGGGCAGGCCCUGGCGGCGUGGCUCCGCCUCGGUCAGUCGCUCUGUUGCUCCCAGAGCAGAACGUUUUCAAAGAAGUUAAAGGCAAGAGCAAAAUAUUUCCUAUUUCCCCUUUGCAAGUUUGCUGCGUGUUGCGAUUUUAUAGAGCGCGGUGUGAAUGUGCGUGCGCAUGGGACGUGUCUUCUGAGCGGGUGAGCUGAGGAGUGCUGUCCAGGGGCUAGAGCGGGAGAUUGGGAGUCGGGGCUCGCGGGUUCUUCUUCCAGCUCUACCGUGGACGUGUUGCGUGACCUUGGGCAAGUCACUUUACCCUCUCUGUGCCUCAGUUCUGCCCAUCUGUAAAAUGGGUGUCUAAUUACCUACCUCACAGGGGUGUUGUGAGGCUUAAUUAGUUAAUGUUUGUGAAGUGCUUUGAGGUUCACAGCUGAAAGUGCUUUCCAGUGCACAGUGGAAUCAUGGACUAAGUGGAGGGGAAAAGGUGAUGGUACCAUAAAUGCUGCUAACCGAGAGUCAUUUUUGAACUGCACUGCUCCAGUCAACCCAGCUUCUCCACAGCCAUCGGGGCAAAGCUUUUCCUUUCUCUCCACAUCGCUCGCGUGACUCGUUCUGGAUUCUGUCUUGGUUUUCUCCAUGCUGUAUUUGCUCCCCCCCGGCACCUCCUAGGUUUUGCUUCCUGUUCUGUUUUUCCAUGAAGGAAAGAGGAGGAAAUAAUUGGAUUUGGGGGAGGGGGGGGCAAAAGAAUGUAAACACACAAGUGGGCUGGAAGUUCGAUGUCUGAACUUUGAUUUCCUUUGUACUGUACAUCUUUUUACUUUGGGAUUUGCAAUAAAAGGUUCGUCCAUCUUGUUUUA